CUGGCCUGCCCGCCGCGCCCCCGUCCCCCAGCCCAGGGCUGCUGUGCCGCCCUGUCUGCCUCGCUGUCCGGGCUCCGCUCCCAGGUCCCGUGGCCCGUCCUUGCCCCGGCAGCCUCGCCUCCUCUGUCCCGUCUCUCCUCCGCCGGCCGGCUGGCGGCGGGCGGGGAGCGGCCGGCGGAUGGCGGCUGUGUGACCUGGGCCGCGGGGAGGCCUCUGGCGUAGCCUGUGUCUGACACCCGGUGUCCGAGAGUCUAGAAAAUGAAGCUAAAAGAAAUUGAGCGAACAGCUGUGCAGGCAUGGAGUCCGGCAAACACCCACCCUAUUUACCUAGCAACAGGAACAUCUGCCCAACAACUGGAUGCAUCCUUCAGUACAAAUGCCACCUUGGAAAUAUUUGAGGUUGACUUCAGGGAUCCCUCCCUGGAUAUGAAGCAGAAAGGAGCACUUCCUGCCUCAAACAGGUUUCAUAAGCUGAUCUGGGGGAACUUUGGGAAUGGAUCUGCGGAGGGCCCUGGGGUGGUGAUUGGCGGGGGGGAUAACGGAGUGCUGACGAUGUACAGCGCGCACCGCGUCCUGGCUUCGAAGGGCGACCCUGUCAUUGCACAGACAGAGAAGCACUCGGGUCCUGUUCGAGCCCUUGACUUCAACCCUUUCCAGAAUAAUCUCUUGGCUUCUGGAGCCAAUGAUUCUGAAAUUUUCAUCUGGGACUUGAAUAAUUUCAGUGUGCCUAUGACUCCGGGGACUAAAUCACAGCCACAUGAAGACAUCAGUGUGGUGUCCUGGAAUCGGCAGGUGCAGCAUAUCCUGUCCUCUGCUCACCCCAGCGGCAAGGCUGUGGUUUGGGACCUCAGGAAGAAUGAGCCCAUCAUCAAAGUCAGUGACCACAGCAACAGAAUGCAUUGCUCAGGAAUGGCCUGGCAUCCAGAAGUUGCAACCCAGCUCGUCCUUUCCUCUGAGGAUGACCGUUUGCCAGUGAUCCAAAUAUGGGACUUACGCUUUGCUACCUCUCCUCUUAGCCAGCUGGAAGGGCACACCAGGGGAGUUCUCUCUGUUUCUUGGUGCCAGGCUGACCCUGAACUGCUGUUGAGUAGUGCCAAAGACAACCGGAUCUUGUGCUGGAACCCAAGUACGGGGGAGGUGGUGUAUGAGUUGCCCAUUCGGAGUCAGUGGUGCUUUGAUGUCCAGUGGUGUCCCAGGAAUCCUUCAGUCUUCUCUGCUGCCACUUUCGAUGGGUGGAUCAACAUUUAUUCUGUUAUGGGCGGGAACUUAGAAGCUCAGCAGAAGACACAGGCUGACAAGAUCUCUUCCUCCUUCAACAACCUGGAUCCCUUUGGCACAGGACAGAGCCUUCCUCCUCUGCAGGUGCCAGAGCAAGUAACUCAGACCACCUUGAUUCCACCAUUAAAAAAGCCACCCAGGUGGAUUCGGAGACCUGUGGGGGUUUCAUUUGCAUUUGGAGGAAAACUGAUUACCUUUGGUCUAACCAAAGCUCCUGGACAGCAAAUGCAGCAGACUUAUCCACACCAGGUAUUCAUCAGUCAAGUCACUACUGAAACUGAAUUCCUACUCCGAUCCAAAGAGCUGCAGAUGGCCUUGCAGUCAGGGAACCUCCUUGAUUACUGCCAGGGCAAGAUCCAGACAGCCAAGUUGCCAUUUGAUGAGAACCUUUGGAACUUCUUGAAGGUGAAUUUGGAGCAGGAGUCCAGGACUAAACUUCUCAAGCUGCUGGGCUACAGUAAAGAGGAUCUGCAAAAAAAGAUUGCCUUGUGUUUGAGUAACGGGAUCCCAGAUAAACAGCCCCUUCCUGAGGCAGGUGAUACAAAUGCUGCAGCAGAUCAGCUUUUGAUGAAUUCCAGCGAUGAUGUAGCUGCUGUUUCUUCCUCUUCAGCCUUUUUUGAUAACCUGAUCCCACAGAAUAUGAGCACAUUGGAGAUUCCUGUCACAGAAGAUACAGAUGGACUCAUCAGCCAAGCCCUUCUGUUGGGGAAUUUUGAGGGUGCAGUGGAGCUGUGCAUGCGAGCAGAGCGCUUUGCUGAUGCCAUCAUCUUAGCUAUAGCUGGUGGGGAUAACCUCCUAAAGGAAACCCAGAAGCGCUACUUUGCCAAGCAGAAAACAAAUCUCUCCAUGCUGCUUUCCUCCAUUGUGCAGCAGAAGUGGCAAGAUAUUGUUUGCACAUGUGAUCUACAGAGCUGGAAGGAGGCACUGGCCAUCUUGUUAACGUACUCAAAGCACGAAGACUACACUCAGCUCUGUGACAUGCUCGGUGCCCGCCUGGAGUCAGAGGGAGAUGCAGCCCUGUGCAAUGAUGCCUGCCUCUGCUAUAUCUCAUCAGGCAAUGUGGAGAGGCUGGUGGAAUGCUGGGUUAAAAACCAUGAGACUUCAUCACCACUUGCCCUACAGGAUCUUAUAGAGAAGGUGAUGGUGCUGAGCAGGUCCAUUGAGAUGCUCCGAGGCACCGCAGGACCAGCACCAGGCCCUGUCUUGGCAGAACGAAUCACCCAGUAUGCCAACCUCCUGGCAUCACAAGGAUGCUUGGCAGCUGCAAUGAAUUACCUACCCAGCAGCUCUAAAGAGCUCCUGAUUGAACAGCUCCGAGACCGGCUCUUUCAUGCUCAAGGAGGGAACGUGGGUGAUCAGCAGCCACCUCCUUUUCCCUACACUCGUGUCAAUGUAGGGGUCAUUAAACCCGCAGCAGCCAAGGGUGGUUCCAUCCCUGAAGGAGCAGCCCACAAAGCAGGUCCUAGACAUCCAGAGAAGCCCAGCUAUCCAUCAUCAUUUGCCCCUUCAGCACCAUCUCAGCCUUCAGUGCCUUCCCUCUUCACACCUCAGCCAGUGCCAGCAAUGCCUGUGACACCUCACCACGUUGCCCCUCCCCAGGCCAGCACGGGUCCACAAACAAGUGUCUAUUCCAGAGGGCACCCAUAUCCACAGUACAACUUGGGCUUGAAUCCAGCAACUGUCUCAGGGCCAGCUGUGUCACAGUCUCAGCCAUUUGGACCAGUGGGAGUCAGACCUGUUGGUCCUGCUCCUUUCUCCAGCCAGCCCUCUCUGCCAGGACAGUUGAUGCCCAUGACAUCUCCUGGUGUUCCACCACCCAGACCUGCCCUCUUCACUCCAGCCUCAGUCCCAUCAUCUCAGCUUCCUGCAGCCUGUCCUCUCCCUGUGGCAAGCCAGUCUCCUCUAGACUUCUCUUCAGCACCUUUCAACUGCCCCAUGAACAUGGGUUAUCCUCAGGGAGGUCCUGGAGCUCCAUCUACUAAACCACUGCCAGCAGCCAUUCCUCCUCCUCCCACAGGUUUCUUCCCUUGGCUAGAUCCCCACACGGAUCAUGCAGCUCAGGAGUCUUGGAGUGAUCCCUCUACUGGAAGAGGAGGCCUUCAAAAGAAAAAGUUGCCUGAGAAAUUUACUCCUCUGGCCCCCAUCACAGCUCCAGUAAUGGGCGUGCCUGCUGAACCCCAAGGGAUCCAUCCUCAGCUAUCCAGGUUGCAAGAAUCUGGCCAGUCACCCCCAGGAGCACCCAAGGAAGGCAGCCUACAGUAUCACCAGCUACCUAGGGAAAGCAUUGAGAGGAAAGAGCUGCCCCCUGAGCACCAGGCUUUGAAGACUGCAUUUGAAGGGUUGGUGCAACGCUGCUCGGCCGUUGCCACUGAUCCAAAAACGCGGAGGAAGCUGGAGGACGCGCUGCAGCGGCUGGAGUGUUUGUACGACAAGCUGCGCGAGCAGGCCCUCUCUCCAACCAUCCUCAUGGGUCUCCACGAAAUUGCCCAAUGCAUUGAGGCUAAGAACUACCCACAGGGUCUCCUGGUUCACACUCAAGUUGUGAGCAGCAGCAGUUUCAGUGAGGUGUCUGGUUUCAUGCCCAUCCUGAAAGUCCUCAUGACCAUAGCAGGCAAGCUGAAUGUGUAAAGUGUGGAGCAGCUGGAACAGGGCACACCAGGAGCUGGUGGACUGCCUCACCUAUUGAUGUGCUGCAGGUUGUGGACUCUCCUUCUGACUUUGGAGAAAUAGGUCUGUGCCAGUGCCUGGAACUGUGCUAAGCCAGCACACCUGGCCCCAUCUACUUUCCAGACAGCCCACUGGUGCCUGCAGCUCCUGAAGAAUGUUUUUUCUCUCUUCUUUCUUACUGGUCUGAGGCCACUUUUCAGCCCAGGGAUCUCAAUUUCCAGCUGUCCAGGUUGCACAGGGAUCCUUCUUCUUCCCUAUAUCUCCAGCACAAAGAGGAAAACCUUUCCCUUCCAGGCUGAUACUGCUUUUUAUUUUUCAGGAAACAAACAGGGCUGGUACCUGCAGCACCACCACAGAACAGCCUCAAGCUCUAUUCCCUGCUGCAGAGUAAACUUCCUCAGUGGUAGCUCGGCUGCCUUGGGAACCUAGGCUGGUGUGUCCUCACUCUGUUGGGCUGCAGCAAGGAUUUCUCCUGGCUCCUUCUUUCUCUUCAUUCUCAUCCUUAACUCACCUUUUCACCCCUCUGCACCCAUAUCCUGCUACAGUUGGGACUAACUACUAGUCUACUCGAGGCCAGCUUUGGUUCUCUUUCUUCUUCACCCAUCUCUCUUGUUUUUAAAAGUCAAGUCUCCUGUUCACCCUCUAUCCACCUUCCUUUUAUGUCUUUUGCCCCAUCAUCUUCAGGCUCAAGCCCAUAAUGUUUCAGAUCCAGGGAUGAUUUCCUUUGCAGUUCCUGGGACUCUCCCAUUCAGGAAUGUAGGCAGGUUGUGCUCUGUGCACUUCUCCCCAGAGCCAGUCGCAUCCUUUUGGGGCUAAAAGCUGCCCUUUCUGGCUCUGGCCUUUUUCACUUCUUUUACUUUAGCACUGCUGAACUUUCACCUACUGGUAUUAUCGACAGGCUUCCUACUUCAGGUUUUUCAGAUGGCCUAGGGACUUUUAAGAGCAGCAGAGAUUGUUUACGUCCCAUAAAGAUUUCCCUUGAGCUACCCUGCCCAGUCCAGACUUGAGCAGGGAGAGACAGCUCAUUGCUACAGGUAUGGUGCAUUCAUACUACCUACAGUUACAGCAGAGGUGGUUCUCAAAGGCCCAUUGGCACUCUGGUGGUAGGAAUAUGCUGCAGGAGGUGAUCUUGUCAGGACUUGAAGAUAUGGAUUGCGCUGAGACUUGUCAUCACUGUGGCAGUUCCUCUGGAAGCAGAUGAAUGAAGCAUAUCUGUCCUGAGGAAGAAGUCUGGGAAGGUAGAUGGGAUGAUUUUAGGGCACAUUUUCGCUUGUGUUUAUUUCCCUUCCUUCCUUCCUUCCUCCUUGCCUGCUCUCUCAACAUCCUUCUUACUAACCAGGCAGCAUAAUCAUUGAUCCAUAGCUGGGAGCAAGGCUUAUUCCCAAGAUUUGGAUGCAGCCCCUAUUUGCUCUGCUUGCUGCUUGAGUGAUAAUGCUAUCGUGGGCCUGCAGGUCAGUGACAUACACAAAUCAACCUAGUGUACCAUGAGACUUAGGAGGGAGGAGAAUCAGAGAAGGAAGAGGACAUGUCUCAUUCACUCCUUUCCAGGUCAAAGUGCCUCCUUGUUGCUGCUGUGUUGUUUCUAUUGCUGCGGUUUGAUGCACUGAGAAAUUACAGAACAGUCAAAUAAAA